UCUAACACCUUCCACAACCCAUUCCGGGGAUGUAUUCUGCUAAUUGAUGCGUCUUUUCAUUGAACCGCACCCUGCACCAUCAUGGUGAACCUCUGCUGUCUCUGCUGCGGUGAACUCCCGGCUGAACCCCGCCCCUCUCCGCCCCGCCAGCCGGGAGCACCGCGGGACUCCCGCUCCGCACACCAGCGGCAGCAGUCUGCUGGACCAGACCCUUCUGUGGGACUGAGAGGGACUCAGAAAGGAGACCCAAACGGAGGGAACCAUGCAGGGAUGCAAAUAAAACAGGUCGCAUGAGCCCCUGAUUUCUUUCUGACAUGCAAAAAAAGUGCAGCAUGCUCUCCUCUGAUCAGGACUCCACAGAGAGCGCGGCGCUCAGCGGCCCCAAUACCGCUGAGGAAGAGGAGCAGGAAGAAGAGUCACCUGCGGUGCAGCGUCCAGUCCAGCAGUCCCUGGGUGCCUGUGUCUGCCGAGAGUCCCAUUGGCGCUGUCUGCUGCUGUCUGUCCUCAUGUACAGCUGCCUGGGUGUCGUGGCUUGGUGUCAGCUGACCCAGGUCACCAGGAUCAGCUUCACCUCGUCCUUCCCCUCCUCCUUGCGUGGCCCGUCUGGGAUGGGCGUUGGAGGGCACUCUAUGAUCUACCACGACAGCCCGUGCUCUGAUGGGUACAUCUACAUCCCCCUGGCCUUCCUGCUCUUGCUUUAUGUGUUGUACAUGGUGGAGUGCUGGCACUGCAUGGCCCGGAAUGAGCUGCAGUCCAAAGCGGGCGUGGACAGCGUGUAUGAGCGAGUGUUACGGAUGCGACAGGCCCAACCUUGCAUAUGGUGGAAGGCUAUCAGCUACCACUUUGUUAGACGGACUCGUCAGGUCACCAGAUACCGCAACGGGGACCCCUACACCACCACACAGGUGUACCAUGAGCGGGUCAACACCCAUGUGGCUGAGGGAGAGUUUGACUACACCCACUGUGGAAUGAAAGACGUCUCACGUGAACUCACAGGCCUGGAGGGACACCCGACAACUCGCCUGCGCUUCACCAAGUGUUUCAGCUUCAUGGAGGCAGGCCCAGAAAAUGACUACCUCGACCAGAGAUCCAGGUUCUUCUCUGAAAUAGAAGGUCUGGAUGAGUACAUGGAGGCUCGAGAGGGGAUGCAGCUGAGGAACGUGGACUUCAGGGAGAACAUGAUAGCCUGCGUGGACCCAGACAGGAUGCCAUGGUACACUUCUGAGGUUGCUUUCUGGCUGGCUGCUCUGCUCAUGCUCUCCUGGCCACUGCGAGUCUUCAUCGAGUACCGUACUGCUUAUGUGCAUUACAGAAUCGAGAAACUGUUUGGGUUGGAGUACAUCUGCAGCAGCCCCUCUCUGAAUGAAGUCAGGCCUGCUGAGAGUAAUACUGGCUGUAUUAUUCCACGAGUGGACACCCUGGACAGCACUGAAAUGGAGUGGCAUAUACGCUGCAACCGCCAGCUGAUUCCCAGCUACUCAGAGGCCGUGCUCAUAAGCACCAAUGCAGGGACCUCUAACUCCUUACAAAACACAUCCUCCUCUACCUGCUUCCUGUUGGACAGCAGCAACCACAAUGCUCAGAGCUCCGGAGUGCUCCAGAACCAGGAUGAUUGCGCUCAGUGCAGUGAACUGAACGGACUGGCAGCCGCAGGAGGCAGGAGGAGGACCAUCACCAGCUCCAGCUGCUCCUCAGGCUUCUCUUGUCAUGGAGCACUGCUACUGUCCCAUCUUUCUUCUGACACGUCACACAUCUCCCUGUGCCGCAUGUACGGCUCCCGUCGCACCGUGGCUCCAUGGAGAAGCCGGAGCAGCAGUUUGUCGGACCCCUGUUGCCUGGACGAGCAGUGGUGCAGGUCCGACUCCAGCCAGCUGGAGCUCAGUGACAGUCCACCAACGUACAGAGAUGCCCGGUUCUUCCCUGCUCUCAUUGUGCACUGGUCUGAGUCCGGUGAGGACAGAAGGCGUUAUUAUGUAAGGAGAGGGUCAUUAUGUGUGCAGACAGCUUUGUAAAGAAACUGAAUCAAAUGAAUGGCUUGAUACAAAUAAGAACCUAAACUGAUACCCCUAAAUAUAAAAGCUAGUGCAACUAAUUGUCUCCUAAAAAGUAAACAGAGUCCAGUUGUGUGUAAUUUAAUCUGAGUUUAAAGACGCAGAUGUCCUGUUUCUGGCCUCAGAGAAUGUUAGAGAACAUUAGAGAGGAAGUUGUGGAGACAUUUAAAGCAGGUUUAGGUUCUAAAACAAUUUCACAAGCUUUGAACAUCUCACAGAUCUCUGUUCAAUCCAUCCUGUGGACAUGGAAAGAGUAGUAGGCAGUGGCAGCAUCAUGCUGUUGGGAUGCUUUUCUUCAGAAGGGACAGGGCAGCUGGUCAGAGUUGAUGGGAAGACCUAAAUCCAGGACAAUCCUGGAAGCCUCUUAGAGGCUCGAGAAGACUUGAGACUGAGGUGGAGGUUCACCUUCCAGCAGGACAAUGACCCUAAACAUACGGCCAGAGCUACAAUAGAAUGCUUUAGAUCAAAGCAUAUAGAUGUGUUAGAAUGGCAUAGUCAAAGUAAGGAACUAUCUAAUUGAGAAUAUGUAGCUUGACUUGAAAAUCGCUCUCAUUAUAAUCUGUCUGAGCUUGAGCUGUUUUAUAGAGAUGUUGGUUUAUAUAAAGAAGGCAGAAAUUUCAGUCUGUAGAUGUUCAACGCAAAGGAACUUCAACUGGAAAUGCGGAGAGAGACGGUUCUACAAAGUUCUGACUCAGGGGGGCGACCUUUUCCUUCCACUUUACAAUUGUUCAUUCCUUUGUGUUGGUUUAUUAUAUAAAAUCUCAAUAAAAUAUAUUGAAGUUUGUGAUUUAAAACAUGAUGUGAAAAGUUAAAGGGGUGUGAACACUUCUCUAAGCAACUUUACACUGAAACAUGGUUACAUUUACAUUUAAGGGUCACAGUCCUGAAUUGCAUUUCAAUGUGUUCAUGCUCCAUGAAAAUGUCUGCAGCUGUAGGAACCACUGUUGUCUCACUAAUGUGUCCUUUCUGCAUGACGCCUCUUUAUCAGCAUGGCCGGUCUUCCAGACUUUGGUUCAUUUUAACAGUUUGUAACUUUCACUGACAAAUUUAAAGGAAACAUUAAAUUUAUGCUAAUUUUAA